GGGUGCAUUGCUUCAGUGAGAAGAAGGGAGGAGGAAGACGAGAGAAAGAGUCAGCAGGGGCCACUAGCUGUGUGGGACUGGGACAGAAGGACCAACAGGGUUUGACCUUGAGCAGACGUCCGACCGCUGAAUCCCAGAGAGACUGAGAGGACAGAGAGGGACAGAGGCAGGAGAGGAGACUAUCCUGUCUCUCUGUGGCUUACCUCUGGAGAUGACCUAACUAUUAUCUCGUGGAGCUAGGUGGCGGCAUCAGGAGGACAAUAAAGGCUAAUUAUUUCUAAUUACCUGGGUCUCUAUGGAUUUGACUUGUAAUGGCUCACCUGUGCAAAUAAAGGUUUGUAAAUGUACCUGUGGAUAUCCUAUUGAUAUCAGCUCAUACUGCUAUACUGUACAUACCUCUGGAGUUGUGGCUCUCAUCAUCCCAGAGAGUGUGUGUUCAGGGAAGUAAUGGAGGCAGUCUUGUUGGGUCUAGACGAGGCGGUCUGCACUCGGCAGGGUCUGCUGUGGACUCUCACCUCAACAGCCCUCCGACGCCUUCGUGUGCAUGCAAGGAACCUUCCUGCACCCCUGCAUCUAUUACACACACAUAGGUGUGCGUCAAGACCACUCUAUCAGAUGACAGAGGGGAGGCGAUGUCAGGUCCAUCUCCUGGACGACAGGAAGCUGGAGCUCCUUGUACAGCCCAAGCUGAUGGCUAAGGACUUGCUGGACCUUGUGGCCUCUCACUUCAACCUCAAAGAGAAGGAGUACUUUGGAAUUGCAUACACAGACGAAACGGGCCAUUUUAGUUGGCUGCAGUUGGACCGCAGGGUAUUAGAACACGAGUUCCCGAAGAAGUCUGGUCCCAUUGUCCUCUACUUCUGUGUCAGGUUCUACAUAGAGAGUAUAUCCUACCUGAAGGACAAUGCCACUAUUGAGCUGUUUUUCCUUAAUGCCAAGUCCAUCGUCUACAAGGAGCUUAUUGAAGUGGACAGUGAUGUUGUCUUCGAAUUGGCUUCCUUUAUUCUACAAGAAGCUAAAGGUGAUUUCACCAGUAAUGAUGUAACCAGGUGUGACCUGAAAAAGCUGCCUGCUCUGCCCACCCAGGCCCUGAAGGAGCACCCAUCUCUCGCCUAUUGUGAAGACCGGGUCGUAGAGCAUUACAAGAAGGUCAGUGGGCAGUCCAGAGGGCAAGCUAUUGUAAAUUAUAUGAGCAUUGUAGAGUCUCUGCCCACAUAUGGAGUUCAUUACUAUGGUGUAAAGGACAAGCAGGGGAUCCCAUGGUGGUUGGGUCUGAGCUAUAAAGGCAUCUUUCAGUAUGACCACCAGGACAAAGUCAAACCCAGGAAGGUGUUCCAAUGGCGUCAGUUGGAGAACCUCUACUUCAGAGAGAAGAAGUUUUCAGUGGAAGUUCAUGACCCCAGGAGUAGGGCGUCGGUGACGAGAAGGACGUUUGGUCACAGUGGCAUCGCUGUGCAUACGUGGUACGCCUGUCCUGCCCUCAUCAAGUCCAUCUGGGCCAUGGCCAUCAGCCAACACCAGUUCUACCUGGACCGCAAGCAGAGCAAGUCUAAGAUCCAUGCAGCGCGGAGUUUGAAUGAGAUCGCCAUAGACCUUACGGAGACAGGAACUCUGAAGACCUCCAAACUAGCCAACAUGGGAAGCAAAGGCAAAAUUAUAAGUGGCAGCAGUGGCAGUCUGCUCUCGUCAGGCUCUCAGGAAUCGGACAGCUCCCAGACAGCUAAGAAGGACAUGCUGGCAGCACUGAGGGCCAGGCAGGAAGCUCUGGAGGAAACGCUUAAAAAGAGACUAGAGGAACUCAAGAGCAUCUGCAUCAGAGAGUCGGAGCUGACAGGAAAGCUUCCUAAGGAAUAUCCUCUGGAUCCGGGAGAGGAGCCGCCCGCAGUGAGACGGAAGAUCGGUACCGCCUAUAAACUGGACGAGAAGAAAAUUCUUCUAAAGGGAGAGGAAGAGGAGCUGGAGCGUUUGGAGCGGGAGUUUGCCAUUCAGUCCCAGAUUACCGAGGCAGCCAGGCGUCUUGCCAGCGAUCCUCACGUGAACAGUAAGAAGCUGAAGAAACAGAGAAAGACUUCUUAUCUGAAUGCACUGAAGAAGCUCCAGGAAAUUGAGAACUCUAUCAAUGAGCACCGGGUCCGCUCUGGCAAGAAGCCUACGCUGAGGGCGUCGCUUAUCAUAGAGGAGGCCAAUAUUGGUUCUGAAGACAGUUCAUUGUCUGACGCACUGGUCUUGGAUGAUGAUGAUCCUCACGUUACAGGUACUCCCACCUUCUCUCCAGUAGCAUCGCCUCAUAAGGGCCUCCCUCCUCGACCACCAUCUCACAGUCGGCCCCCUCCACCACAGUCCCUGGACGGCCUGCGACAUCUGCACUACUCACGCCCCGACUAUGAUAAAUCACCCAUCAAACCCAAGAUGUGGAGUGAAUCGUCACUGGAUGAGCCGUAUGAAAAACUCAAGAAGCGCUCCUCUCAUUCCAGUCACAGGCGUUUCCCAAGCUCUGGCAGUGCAGAAGCAGGGGGGAGUAACUCUCUGCAGAGUAGCCCCAUCAGGAACCUCCCUCACUGGAAUUCUCAGUCCAGCAUGCCGUCAACUCCAGACCUGAGGACCCGGACCUCAAACUACGUACAUUCCACUAGGUCAGUGGACAUCAGUCCCACACGUCUGCACAGUCUCGCUCAGCACUUUAGGAACCGCAGCUCAAGCCUUGAGUCCCAGGGCAAACUGUUGGCGCCCGACCCUGAUGCACACCCGCACACCCUGGGCACACUGGGUAGCCCUGACUUCUUCCUGGUCCCAGGACGCAACUCCAAUGGCUCUGACCCACUGGACGACUGCUCAUCCUGCACCAGCCAAAGCAGCUCAGAGCAUUACUACCCCUCUGGUGGACCCCCCGGCAGCAACCCCAACUACUCCACUCUGGGAGAGGACUCACCCUCCAAAGCCAGGCAGAGGCAGAGGCAAAGGCACAGGUCGGCAGGUCACCUGGGUUCCUCUAACUCUGGCUCCAUGCCUAACCUGGCAGCUAAGAACGGCUCUGGUGGAGGCUCAGGUGGAGGUGGGAUGGGAGGGGGACAUCACGGAGUCUACCUCCACAGCCAGAGCCAGCCCUCCUCCCAGUACCGCAUCAAGGAGUACCCGCUAUAUGUGGAGGGCAGCCCCAACCCCGUGGUGGUGCGCAGCCUGGAGAGCGAUCAGGAGGGCCACUACAGCGUCAAGGCCCAGUUCAAGACCUCCAGCUCCUACACGGCUGGGGGACUGUACAAGGAGGCCUGGGGAGGAGAGGAGGGAGGAGAGGGGAGCGGCCGACUCACGCCGUCGCGCUCUCAGAUCGUACGGACUCCGUCAUUGGGGCGAGAGGGUGGUGGAAGUGGAGGAGGGGGGAGGGCAGCAGUGUCUGAAGAGCUGCGGUGCUGGUACCAGAGGUCAUCAGGGAGCCUGAAGGAUAGGAGUCACUCACAUUCGGGGUCUACUUCCUCCGAGACAGGGUCACAGCAAGGCACUCUUGGACAUGGUCGAGGGAGUAGAGUAGGAACACUUGCCAAGGGCUCGCCAGCUGCAUCCCCUCACAACCAGAGGAGUAUGACGCCCUCCAGCGAACACGCAGCCACACCCACGCCCACACCCCCCUGUAGCCCACAGCACAUCCUCAACUGGCAGAGCGGGUCUUUCAGUGACAGCUGUUUUCUCAGCAGCCCCCUUUGCUCAGAGCUGUCAGAUGUGCAGUGGUACGGACACGAUAAGGCCAAACCUGGAACCCUGGUCUGAGACCUUCCUAUAGGGCCCAGAAAAGUCCCAUUGCUCUCUCCUACUGCCUCUCCACUGUCCCUCACUACUACCCAUCGACAACCAAUAACCUCAUCCUUAAGGCCCUACAAAAACCCUGCCCUGGCAGACUGGACAUGAGCCUCCCUCCUUCUUAAAUCCUGCCCUCCAUCCAGCUCACCACCUCUUUAUUAUUAUGCCCCUCUAUCACAGCUGGACAGGGGAAACACUCGCUGGUCUCUGAAAAGGGGCUGAUUUCACAGGACAGACUGAGAAGUGCCACCUCAGCUGUUGAACUGUUGCCCUACAGCACCACAGAGCCCGUUCUCUACUCACCCUCAGCACACAAGCAAUGGGGCAAAGAGGGAAAGGAGCGAUGGGAAGGGAGAGCCCAGAAAAAUAUCAAACAUACAAGUUAAACUCAACAGAACCGACAUCGGCCACUCCAGGAUCUGUUUCAUAUCUAGUCUUACCUGAACUAACUCCAGUGCACUGCCACCCAAUCAGAGGAUACCUGCUGGAUUUGAGCCACCAGUUGAAAAAAACCAAACAUUUCCAGGCCCAAAUGAACUGUGUUGGAUUUCAUUAUUCCCAUUAAUGUUGUUUGUCUUUUUUGUUUAUUUGUCCCUGCAUAUUUAUAAGAAGAGAAGAUUACACAGACUUUUCAAAAAACAAUCUGGAUUAACCAACAUUUAGAUGACAAAUUCUUCUCCUCUCAGUUUAACCCACAACCAAAGACAACUUACUGGAUUGACUGGUCACACCAGGGUCCCCGGGCUGGUGCACCUGCAGAAGAGUGACCAGUCAACUGUAUGAGAGGGAGUUCACAGUGACAACGUCAGGACGGUUUAUGGGACUCUAUCUGGGAUAUUGACGAGGACUAUAGCAAUAACAAACAGUGUACAAGUAUAUGAACUGGUUUGAAUCUACAGAGUGAAUUGAAGCAGGCAUUGUGCCGUGUUCUCUGCCUUGUGAUGCUUGGAGUAAAAGAUCAUUAGUGCAUCAUAGGGAGAAUUUGGAGUUGUGGUUAUUGGGUUUGGCAUUAAUCUAUGCUUAUUUCAGUGACUUCAUCAUUCAUGUUCAUUUAUUGUCCUUUCAAGAUUUCUCUGUCCACAUGUUUGUCCACAUGGUGCAUUGUGAUCAGUGAGAGGGUGGGGGGGGGGGGGGUCGGGUCAUUCAGGGGUGUUAACAUGGCCACAUCAACGUUUGAUGGUGGCUGUAGUUCUGAUAUAGAAACAGAGACAUUCUGGUUUCACCUUUUCACAUUUUUCAUUUUCACCCCUGAAAGUAAAAUAUUUCCGGCCGUUGACAUCUGUUGGCGUUACUUGUGCUUGAUAUUGAGGCUGUUCAGUGAUAAAUCUCUAUAGUGAAUUAUCUUUUCCAUCACAAGUGUCUCUUCUUCUCCGUUGGUCUUGGCUCUAAAGCGUUUCUCACCACCCCGAGUAUCUGUCAGUCCCCUUUUGUCGCACUUCGCUUUCUCAUAUCUCUGACCAUCUCUUCAGCAUGACAGCAGCAUCCCGACUGAACACAGACCGUCUGAACUCAAUGCCUGCUCGAACACAACACCUCAUAUUAUGCAUAAUCAAUCAUGAGUACAUUCUAUCAGUGCCAAACAUGUUGGUGAUUUACAUUUGUACUGUAAAUCAGCACUGGAACAGCCACUACUUCAAGCUACAAACAGUAAAUCCCCACAGUCUUUAGAGAUUGUAUUAAAACAGCAGCAGACACUCGGACUUCUCUAUGAUUUGGCUACAAGAGUAGUAGGAAUGAUUUAAAUGUACUUUGAAAAGCACAACAUUAACAGUGUCUAUGAGGGCUGGACCUACAAUCAGUGUGUUCUCAUUCUCACUCUCAAUAUUUUAAUAAUGAGUUGCAUCAAAGUGCAUAAGAGCACAAUGUGUUACACGAUAGUGCUCUUUUUAUCAUUACCGACAUGUAAAUGAACUUCAGGUCUACAAUAAUAAAUACCCUCACUGUCAGGGCAGAAGAGAAGCCAUAGCCAGAACUGAAACCAACUAUUCAUUAACCCUCCCAAAUGGAGAUAAUUAUUUUCUCACCAAUCAACGAUCAGAUAUUCAGAACAGGGUUAUAAAAGCACAUCUGGUUUUGUACGGAGGAAGUAGAACUCUGCAUGUUUUAGCUGUUUCUAAAUCAAUUUCCCUCAUCUGUCCCUAACCAGGCUUUGUGUUUAGAAUUGUUGUUUCAUUUUUGCAUAAAAUCUAAAUGAAUGAAAGAUUAUGACUACAUGUCAGUGAUAGAGAGAAGCGGACAUGUCUUUAAGCACCAUUACGGUUGGAUGAAUGGUGUAAACAAAGGAAAGACUAGGACAUGACUCCAAUAUGACAUUUUAAGAUUGCCACCCGUAUGUUUAGGACGUGUUUUCUGGCAACCUUAUACACGCGACACACGCUGCAGAAAGGCAUCUUGCCGAACGUCCGUGUGGUAAUAUAAAAAAUGAAGAUUGCCGUGCUUUCCUUGUCUUUUUUUUAUUAUCUACAUUCAGGAUCCAGCAACCAGUCUUUAAAGUCUAAUCGUGAGUUGAGCGCAUUGUUUUUAAUGGAUAAAUGGUGUAACAUGUUGUAUGGCGUGGGAGGAAUGGUACGCAUCUUACCCUGUGCCUCAUAGUGUUGUGUUCCCUCUAUCCACUGACACCAGCUGUUGUAAUCUGCCACUUUCUGGACUAUUUAAAAAAGGUUUAGCCCAAUCCCUUGCAUGGUUGGUUUUCCAAAAGUUAUCCACCCACCCAGGACUGGAACCAGAACUCCCUGGUUACCAUCUCAUAGAAAUGAAUUACUCUCGUGUACUCAAGUCACCUAUUAGAGUACAAGUUAGACCUGCUUUGCUCACUCAAAGUCUUCGUGUGCUAAAGACACGAUCCCAUGCAUGCCCUUCAGAUCCAAUGACAAAUAAAGACUCCAAAGAUCUUCAGCAGACUUCAGACUUCUAUACGCAAACAUUAGCACGUCUUGCUCCAUAGUGUUUACCCCCCCCGCCCGAGAAACUCCUAUCUUGACCUUGUGGUAAUCUCUGACCUCUGAGCCCGAUGUGAAACAGUGUGACGUCCCCUCCCUCUGUAGCUCCAAACACCAUAUUUUCUGUGCUCCAUAGAAACAUAUGAGGUUUUUGUAAUACUCCAAGAGAAAUGAACUAACUCUUUUAUCAGUCUUUUCCUGUAUGUACGGAGGGGCACUGUAAGGUUGUGUGGGGUUUUUAACAUUCACAUUCAUUGUUUUAACAAUGUUCCAUUUUAUAUGAACCAGUAUUGUUUUUGUUUUUUUGUUCUGACAUUGUAACAACCCUUUCAGGUGCUACAAAAUGACCAGUUACUGCUUCGUCACGUAGGAUCUAGACAUCUUCAUUGUUAUCAAUAGAUUCAAUUACCAGAUGUGCAAAAUUAAGCUUAUUUUAACAGACAGUUUAAUAGUAGAACACUUCCCCUCCCAGACAAUAGAGCAUGUAACUUGAUUUUAUCAGUUCUGUUCAACUGUAACAAUGCAUUAAAGGUGUUGUAGAAAAAAUGUGGAAUUGAUCAAAAAAAUAACUGAAUUCCACAGUUAAUUUAUUCUUUUUUCUAUUAAAAAUUUGUAUAGUAACUUUACAUUUUUCAAAACUGUGUUGUUGGAAAUUGAUGAUGAAUUUUCAAGAUGAGAAGCAGUGGUGUUCUUGAGAGUAAAGAAAAAUAAAUUAUUGAUGAAUGUUCUCAAGA